AAAUGGGGGCCACAACAUAAUUGGAAUUUGAAAAGAAAGGAAAGUGUGGAAUAAAAAAAAAAAGGGAAAAGGAGAAAGGUGAAAGAAAAAGGGGGUUUGAUUGUUUUUAGUGGAGGAGAGAGUGAUAAAAUGGCCAACAAUUCUCGUGUGGUUUUUCUUCCAUGGGUCCCAUUCUAGAGGGACAUAUCUGGUUUUUAAAAUGACUCGGCUAUAUCAUCCUUUUGGGGGAAGAAAACCAAAAAAAAAAAAAAGAGACAGAGAGGAGAAGAAAGAGAGAAGAAAAAAGGUUUUCGGGGGAGACAAAGAGCUAGUGAGUGGUGGUAGCUUCCUAUCAACGAGUUGAGCAUGCUUGGAAGAACUAGGAUGACGUCAAGAGUGUCCAUCUAUGAAAAGGUGGACAUCUAUGACGUAAGAGAUGAGUUGAGCAGAAUGCAAUCCGAGCAUGGAGAUAGUUUGAAAGAGGAUGUCUUAUUACCAAGGGUAAUGAAGACAGAAUUUCAGAGUCACACAUUGCCACGUCUGAUAAGUUUAUGGGCAAAGGAAAGUCCGCAGUUAAGCCCGGAGUUCUCAAAAAAAAAUAUGGUCUCAUAGGGAGUCUGCUAAGGGUCGAUACACCAGUGACAUUGCUUCAAGCAGCUAUUUCAUAUUGGGAUCCGGCAUAUAGGUGCUUCACAUUUGGGCAAAUAGAUUUCUCACCCACAAUUGAGGAAUAUGCUCAGUUACUACAAUUGGAGCCUCAUAAUACAAAAAUGUAUUACUUCCAGGAAAACAUGUCAGCUGAAAAAAUUAUUGCCAAGAUGUUGGGAUAUGAGAGUGAGAAUGUCAAGAGGAUGGGUUCAUUCAAAGGGAGCAAGUGGUGCUUUCCAAUUGAGGAAUUGAUAAAAUAUGUGGAGGGAAAGCCGAAGACAACAUUGAGACAGUCAGCAUUGGCGCUUGCAAUAUACAGAGCUAUAUUAUUUCCUUGCAUUCAAGGAUAUGUGGAAGGGAGAGUGAUCAAGCUUUUUAAUCAGGUAGAUCACGGUGUGAACCCAGUUCCUGCAAUAAUAUGUGAAACGAUUCGUUCUCUCAACUUUUGUCGUUGCAAUAUAAAAGCAAGGUUCAAUGGAUGUUCAGCUUUGCUCGGAAUCUGGUUAGUAAGUCACAUUAAAUACUGUAGGGAGCUUGAUUUUCCAAAGAUUGGCUUUAAGGAUCACACGCGGCCAGAAAGAAGACCGAUAUUGGAGUUCACAGAGGCAAAGUGGAAACCUGGCCACCCGAAUAUUGGAGAAUGGGAAAAGAUCUUGCAAUCCCUGGAUGUUCGUAGUUUAGAAGGAAAAGCACCUUGGUUUUUGCCUGACACAUUUCUAUAUAGGUGUGGAGAUUUUCUUUGGGUCCCUCUUUUAGGCCCGUGGGGAGCUGUCAGUCAAGCACCAGCAUUAGUAUUUAGGCAAAUAGGGUCUAAUCCUUGUAUUCCAGCAACACAUGGGUUGUUAGAUCUUAAUUUUUCUUAUGAUGAUGGAGAAGAUUUGGAGUUGAUUGUACCUAGGGUACGAAAGAUACUUCAAGCAUGGAAAAAUCUCAAGAUUACGAAUCGAGGCAAACACACAUAAGAUGGUACCCUAAUUUACUUUAAAUGGCAUGAGAAGAGGGGCAAAACUAUUUCUGAAGAUCAUAUCCAAGGAGGAAAUACCCAUAAGGAAAGAGCAAGGGUACCUCAGAAUAUAGCAGGGGAAAAUGAAUUGAGGUUUCAAGGAAAUAAACAUACGGGUCACAGAAGGAAAGGGCCUGACACUGAAGAAGUCGAGGACUUAACUGUGAAAAAGAUUCAGAAUUUAGAAGAAGCGUUACUGAGGAUGACUCAAGAAGCCGAAAGCUAUAAAAGGAAGUAUGAGCUAACACAAGAAGAGCUCUCUCAAGCAAAGAUACAAGAGAUGGAGGAAAUGAAAGAACUAGAAAGGGUGAGUAAGAAGAGGAAGCAGUUGGAACAAAACAACAUACAAAUGCAAUUUGAACUCCAAAGAAUUGAGCGAGCAAAUGUCACAAUGGAAGUAGCCAUGAGAAGAGCGAAUGAAGAAAUUAAGCGGCUAAGAGCGUUACAUCAAGAGUUGCUAAACCAUAGCCGGACUGAGAUGGUCAGGCUAGCAGAUGAGAAUGAGGCAUUACUUGAUGGACUUGUAGAGAAUCGUGAGGCACGGUCUACGCUUACCCGUCAGAUUGGGAUAGCAAUGUGCCAAGUGACAAAGUUGUCUGCAUGGGCUAUUGCUUUUGAGGAAGAAGCUGCAAAGUUGAGCCAAACUGAAGUGCUUCAGGGGCCAGAAUUCGGGAAAGUCCUACAAUUCUUGGCCAAUCUUCGCAAGGACCUAGAGAUAAUUGGAGUGCUCCAGCAUGGAGGGUUUCCAAACUAGGGAUUAAUUUUAUUGGACUAUCAUGUAAAAGUAAAAGUCGUUUUAAUGAAAUGAUGUUUUGUUUUUA